AUGUCUUCCAGUAAAAACCAAAGUAAUAGUACGAGUAAUCGCAAUGGCGAGAGUGUUGGACGUGCUGCCAAUGUUCUCGCCAGCGCAUACUGCGUAGACUCUUCUGCCCGCCUCAGCGGCUUCCGUAAGUACCAUGACCCCUAUACAGCUAUCGCCCAUCCAUCGCUGUGUCUCCUCCACCAUGAACCAUAUCAAGAGCAAAUACUAACCUCCUCAUCAGAUUACUCCACUACCGGCGCCGGCGGGGCCCAGUGGUAUCCCUGAGGUCCGAGCCUGGAACUCGGGACUACCCUCACCACCUUCAAGCCCCCCUCUAGCUGCUCUCACCUCGGCCAACGAGCUCGCGCUCAUUUCCAAGUCAACCCGAUCGCGCGACAACGAUACACAUGGCAGAGCUACUCAGAGCAAGCGCCUUGAGGGGGCAACGUACCAUAUCCGGGGAGAGUGUGAGAGACUCUUCUGCGAGACUAUGAAAGAUGUUUUCUUCGGUGAAGGAGGAUCAUCAUCGAGUAAUGGCUCAUUCGGAAUGAAUACGUAUAACAUGAACAAUUUACAAUCAACUCCUCCUAGCGAGGAUCAAAACCACGGAUACUUUACUGGACAUGGACAAGGCCAAGAUAUAGACGCUUGGAUUGAAGUCUGGGACUAUGCUGGUGGAUGUAGCUUCCGUGUAUUCGUUGGUGGAAAUGGAGAGAAUAAGUCUCUAUUUGCAUUCUUCGAUUCUGCUGUCAUUGGAAGAGAUUUGAAACAAGGGUAAGUUGUUCCGGCAGACACCGGUACCGUUCUAACGAGAAAUAGUCUCAUGGCAUUGAUCGAGCUCGCAGAAACCGUUUUCGCAGUCUCCCAAGUUGUUGUAUGUGUCGAUCGUUCGGUACAAGAGGUCAAUCGGAAGGCUUUCCUAAAGAGUCUUCGAUGGGUUGGCUUCGAGGCCGUUACUCUCGAUCUCUGGGCUGGCCGUUUGGACAUUACGAGUGACAAGUGGCUUUUCUUGGGUAUGGAAGUUUAAUCAUGUAUAUUUCU